AUGGAGGAGAUACUAAUUCUUACUAGAAUCCACUUUGUGGCCCCCGACGGCUACCUCAGAAUAGUGAUGCCAACCGCCCUUCACGAGACUGCAGUUAGUUGGAUGAGGACGGAAUUUACCGUGUGGGUGUAUGACCAUCUCCUCACGCCGGCAGCCUUUACAGCAAUAAAUGAUUCCCUUAUUAGUAUGUCCAUUUGUCCUACAAAGCUCCCUAGCCUCUACUGAUAAUUGUGUAGCUCAUGAUCACUUUCUUGGAACGUUUUCGGGCUCCUUAAAAAUACCAGACCUCGCCUAUAUCCCCUGUAUUAAUGGGAUAAGGAGGGCAUUUCCAACGGUAGUCCUUGAGUCUGGGUGGAUGGAAUCACAGGCACAAUUACUGCGUGACCUCCAAUUGUGGCAGGAAGGGACAGCGGGGGCCGCCAAGAUUGUUAUCUUGUUCAAAUUGUAUAGAUCCCAUGUACACAACCGAAUUAAGGCCACCCUGACCUUCUUCCGAUAUGUGGCUGAUCGUGUACCGGCAAUGUCUUUAUAUGUAUGCUCCUUCCCUAUCGUACCUUCCUGAGGCUUCCUCUAUCUUUCUUGUAUCCUACUAACCAAUCCCCUCAUCUUGUAGCCAAUAUUUCCCCCUCCCAGCCAGCCCAAACCCGACCCAUGGAUAACAAUUGAUGAGCUGUU